AAUACCCUAGUUGGCUCCACUCUUUGACUUGUCCUUGACCAAACAUGGUGACUCUGCUGGAACCCAACCUCGUGGGAACUUAGCAUGACCCAAUGGCUACAAGCCCACACCUUUGUUUGUGGUUCGAGAGCAGAAUGCCAGAAUCUCGAACAAAGCAGCACAGAACAGCUUCUAUGGCUACUAGGAAUGUGUGCGUCACAUUUUUCCUCAUCCGUUUCCAUGGUGUUGGGAGACGAUGGGGUGGUGGGGAAUUUGGCGAAGUAUCCGGUGGUGGUGAUAAGGUGGCCAUUUGUUCAGGCUGUAAGAGCGGCUUGGGGGCAGUGGAUAAAGGGUUUUCUGCUAUUGAUGAGGUGGUGGAGGGUUGUUAUGCUUAGUCUAACUUGUCUAUCGGUUCAAAUACCCACUACGGACGUCAGAGUCUUCCAGUCUUAUAUAUAUCACCUAUAUUCUUCCCCCUUUUAGAAGCAUACACAGCACAACCAGAGUUCAAGGAUUCAGUUCUCCAAUUAUUUCAUCUCCUGAAUUCACGGAAAACAGCUUUUCUCCCUAUGGCUACACCCGGAGAAUUCUAUCGAUCAUUACCGCCUGUGAGCAAAUUCUAUGGAGUGGCCUGUUUGAUGACCACGAGUGCCUUCUACCUUGGUCUUUACGACUAUGAGAACAUAGCACUCUUUUAUGAAGAUGUCUUCAAACACUUCCAGGUCUGGAGGCUCAUCACCAACUUCUUCUUUCUGGGGCCAUUCAGUGUUACUUUUGCAGUGCGGUUGAUAUUGAUAGCGAAAUAUGGUGUUUCACUAGAGAGAGGUCCGUUUGACAAGAGGACAGCAGACUAUGUAUGGAUGUUCAUGGUUGGAGCACUCUCUCUUCUGGUGAUGUGUGCUAUUCCAAUGCUAUGGUAUCCAUUCAAUGGAGGUUCUAUAGUAUAUAUGAUCCUUUAUGUCUGGAGCCGUGAGUUACCAAAUGCUCGUAUCACAUUCUACAAUCUUGUGACGUUGAAGGGAUUUUAUCUGCCUUGGGCAAUGCUGGUUCUGGAUUUGCUUUUUGGAGAUUCUUUGAAGACAGGUAUUCGUGGGAUAAUUGCAGGCCAUCUUUACUACUUCUUAACAGUUCUUCAUCCCCUUUCUGGUGGCAGAUUCAUGUUGAAGACUCCCCUUUGGGUGCACAAAUUAGCAGCACGUUGGGGUGAAGGGGUCCAAGUGAAUUCUCCAGUGCAGCAGGACCCAAAUGCUGGAGUUGCUUUCACAGGAAGAAGUUUCCGUCUGAGCGGUACUCGAACACAAGCAAGCACACCACCAGGUCAGUCCCAAACAAGCAGUACAGAUUCAGCACAGCAGCCUGGAUCCGGUGAAGGUGUUGCUUUCCGAGGAAGAAGUUAUCGCCUUGAUGAACGUCCAGUAACUCCUAAUUAGUGUGUACAUUUGCUGGCAGAAGCAGCUAUACAUAUCUGCACGGCAUUGCACUUCUGCUUCAAGGAUGUUAGAAACGAGGAGAAUCUUUCGUGCAUGAUCAGCAACAGCUGGCUGCUUAUACUUAGGAAGAUCAAUUACUGGUAGUUUGACCUCCUUAAUGUUAUUUCCUUAAAACUUUCACCUGUUACGGUACUUUGAUCAAUAAAUAUGAUGUAUCAAC